AUGGCAAGGGAAAAUCCAAGACGCUCUCAAAACAAGAAGGUUGCUACGCCUGAGGAUUUCAUCGACGGCUCUGUACUUGGUAAACGUUCUCGUAGCGACAUAGACGAUAAUUUGGAGGAACAGGAUGUGCGUGGAGAGGCUGAUAUGCAAGGAGAGAGCGUUUUGGGCAACUCCAUCGCAGAAGAUUCUAGGAGCUCGGGAAGGAACGAUAUUCUAGAGGAGAUGAGCCCAGACGAGAGUUGUGCACACAACAAUGGUUCGAGCGUCGAGCCAGGCAUUCCUCUGAAGGAACACGUCAUUCCAGACUACGGUACAUCACCAGACCCGAUGGCAUCAGACGCGCAACGCAUAACAAGCUACCGUACGUCGCCAGUCUCCGUGCGAGGUGAAGAAAGUAACUCAACGGAGUCCGUAGGGUCGACGACCGUAGACACCAGCGAAGAACCUCAGACACCGGACCCCCUCACCUGGUGCCCAGCCCACGGAGUGACAGCGACCGGUGUCCAUUUUCUCAAUAUGCCAUUUGACGACUUACGCAAGGUGUUACUACUCCAAGCUCUUGAGCAAUCACAGAAGCGACAACCACAGUCUUCCAACAAGAUUCGCGCCCUAUUCGUCUCCACGGUAACUGAUGAGCAAACCGCACCCGAAAGUUACACGUUCGAACAUGCCAGAGUUAAGCUUCAAGCAGGCCGCAAUGCGGUGUAUGGUAUACAGCUGAAGGAGCGAAUGGCUACCAUGCGUAUGUUUGCCGCCCGCGCAAUGCAGAAGUCGCGUGAGGUAGUCGAUGAGCUCACAACAGUCGUCUACGAGGCACGCGAAGAGCUCGCUGCGGCCCAAAAGGCGCUUGAUGGAGGCAUUGAGAUUUUUGCCAUUGUGGAGCAAGAGCUCAAGAAUAUUAUAGGCGUUUCUGUAUCGGAGCCGGAUAACCCAGCAAUAGAAGAGGAUGCUUUGCGGCGGUACAACAUGAUCAACGAGAUCAACGCUGCUAUUGUGAAAUAUGGGAACAUGGAAUGGUCGCAUACUGUUCGCAAGGAGAAGGAGGUUGAGCUGGAAGAUUAG